UGUGAACAGUUCCCUACUCCACUCCCCACGCAGAAGCAACAGAGGAGUGAAAUGCAAGCAGACAGGCCCCCCGCCCAGCUGGGGUGAACACCCUCACAUGGCAGCUACAAGCAUUUUCACCCAUCGGCUAAGGGCAGGAAGAUGUAUGGGAAAGAGAAGGGCCGCCCAUCCUUGGGCCACCCAGAGAUGAGCGCUGUGAGCAUUUCCUUCGGUACCUCCUCCGAGCACCCACCCACAGCUGAAAGUGCCGUUCACACAUCCUUAUACCUGCUUUUCCACUGAUGAGGUGUGAGCGCUCUGGACGCGUUCAGCGUGCAUGCGACUUUCACGCCCGGAUCACGCUCUGAGGGGCAGGUUUCCAAUAGGACGGGACUUGUAUGUUUUUUCCGGGGUUUCUGAAGGCAUCCUGGGAGCCCUUUUUUGGGCUCCGUCUAUAGAAGUGGAAACCCGCUCGCUUUGAAUGCUUGACUCUCAUAGGUGGUAGGGGUCAUGAGAUGCGGUUUUUCUGGUCUUCGAACAGACGACACGAGCUGGAAUCCUCGUAGUGAUAUUUGCUGCUCAAGUCUUACCUUGAAAUCACCCACCUGCCCCUGAGUUCUUCCCUUCCCUUUCACAGACAGCUGGCUGGUGUGCAGGGAAGACUCACUGCGGGCAGGUACUGAGCCAGCACCAUCGCAGGCCAGGGGGUGAGACAGGGGGCUUCUUUUCCGGCUGCCUGGGCCUGGCUCUGCCCCCUACUCUGUGUGUGACCUUGAGCAAGGCACAGCCUCGCUUUGAGCCUCAGUUUCCCCAAAAGACUGCUCUGAGCGUUAUAUGAGCUGAUAAUGCACAGCGUCUGGCAUGUGGCAGAGGCCAAGGAAACGUUAAGCAUUGUAUUACGGGAGGAAGCCGAGGCUCGAGAGAAGAGACUUUUCCAAGGUCAUGCAGCUCCUAGGAGGCCAGUUAUCAGCCCCCUGGCCUUGAGUGUUGUCCCCUGUAGGGCCCUGCUCCUGGAUGGUUUUCAAAGCUCACAGAUGGCAUAAAGGACCAGGGGCGGGUCUGUGGUAUGGUUUCCUUUUCCCCAGGUUGUGCCCGACCCUCCUGAGAAGCAGCUUUGUGGCUGCAUCUGGGACAGGGAGGAAGGGAUGCAUCUGGGGGAUGUGGGACUCUGCGUCUGCUUGCUCCGGAACCGCCCCCGCAAUUCUCCCACCUCAGUGCUGCAGGUGGGGUAACAGCCUCCGACGCCGCCCCAUUCAGAAUUUAGCAAAUGACCAGCUCCCCCUGGCCCCAUGGCCUGGAAGGGGCUGGGCCCCACUCUAGGGUGACCAAGUCAUUUUGGUUUGCCAGGGACUUACCCAGUUUUAAGCCUGACCCAGAGCCCCUUCAGUCCCAGGCAGACUGGGAAGGUAGGUCACCCUCCCAUGUCCUCUGUAUCUUUAGGACCUCGCCGUUGGUUUCAGAACUGUGGAUCUGGUGAUGGGCUUUGGUUCAGGAUGAGCUGGAUUGGAGGGUGAGGGGUGGGGGCCCAAGGCAGUCCCCAGCAGAGGGACUGUCCUGUCUCCAAUGUACUUGUGGACUCAGGAUAAACCAUCUAUCUGGAAUGCCUAUCACCUGAGAGUGGCCUCCAGCCCCGGCAGGGGUCUGUUCAGUUUCUCAAUCCCUGCUCCUGAGGGCUGGCUAUUUCCAAACCUGCUGGGGGAGAGUGGGAAGUUCUAACAUUCUCACCCUUUUGGGGUCUCAGUGUUCCUGUCUCUAUAUAGACCGGGGGAGUUUUGGGCCGCUUCUAGAACAGAAGUUCUUUUUUUUUUUUCUCUAGGAUUGUAUUCAUCCAUUUAUUUGAGAGAGGGAGAGAGAGAAAGCACAAGGUGGGUGGAGGGGCAGAGGGAGAGGGAAAGGGAGAGGCAGACUCUCCACCGAGCAGGGAUCCCGACGCGGGGCUCGACCCUGGGAUCAUGACCUGAGCUGAAGGCAGAUGCUUAACCAACUGAGCCACCCAGGCGACCCUGGAAUGGAGGUUCUGUCGUGGUGAACACCCACUGGGCCUCCUGUUAUCAUUUUAAAACAACCUGUAUGUAAGGCAGUGUGUGAACCCCUGUCUGCCUAUGUCCCGCACCCCACCUUGUACAGAGCCACAGGCCAGACCCUGGGAGAUGAUGCUUUCCUUCACUGUCUUGAGUGUUCUGGGCUUUCUUAUGUCUCCGGGCCUUUGGCCAUGCUGUGCCCUCUGCCUGGGAUGCCUUUACUUUUCUCCUGGGCUGCUCACCCAGCCCACCCUUGUCAUCCUCUGUGCCACUUCUUGGAAGAUUCUCCUGACAAACCCCUCUCCUGCCCAGGAAGGGGUAGGGGCCCCUCCCUAGCUCACCACAGGGUGACAUCCCUGUGUGUAAUGGUCUGUUCACUUUUUCACCUGCUGGCUUCCCCACCAGAUGAAGAGCUACGGGAGGACCUGAGCCUGGAAUUGCUUGCCUUUUGGAUCUCAGAGCCCCCAGCCUGGGGUGCCAGGGUUGGCAAAACGAACGAGUCAGCAUGGGGAAAUAAAAUAAGCAGGUCUUGCCCCGGUGGAAUUUGCCAUGCAGCUCCUCAGAGCACUUACUGCUUGUGGCUAAAAGGAUCACCUGUGCACCUAGAGAUGGAUCCUGAAAGAAUGGCUGCAUCAUAUUUGCAAACCUCAGGAAAGUCUGUGUUCCGUGGCUUCUCCCACCCUGAUUCCCAACUUGGACAAGGAUCUAGAACCAUCCUUAUUUGCAUCUGGUCCCUCCCUUCCUUCCAGGGUGGGCUCCCCCUCACCCCUACUUCCCAUCACCGUGGGGUCAUGCCUCUCAACCAGCCCUUCCCAGAAAGCUUGCAUGUGGUUUUUGGCAUGCACGUGGUUACCAGAACCCAAGAGGCUCAGCAGGUCCCAGGCUCCCACUACCCACCCCGUCUCAAUCCACACUGCCACCAAAGCUGUCACAAACAAGGGGGUGUGGGCCGUCACGUGGCCGCGUCUGAAUAACCACAUUCUCGCUUCCUUCUUUCACACAGGCUGUUGAGGGUUGGCGGGGUCCGGGGUCCACAGCAGUGCUCUGGCAGCGUGGGCCCCAUCCCGGUCGCUAAGGGAGAGAAGCCACUUCUCCUGGGCCCACGAGGCAGCUGUUGCCUGCUCUGCUGAGCACGGUGCCAUGCCUCUGCAAGUCCUCCUGCUUCUGAUUUUGCUGGGUCCUGGCAGCAGCCUCCAGCUGUGGGAGCUAGAGAAGGAUGGAGCCCAGGAGGCCCCAGACGCCCCGCUUGCCCGGGGCCGGAGACAAGUGGAUGAGGACCAUGAAGUGGACUCAUAUGACUAUGUCACAGAAGGCACAGAGCCUCCAGAAAUGCUUACACAUGAACCUAGGUCUUUGGCCCUGACCCCUAACAUUCUGGCUGAGUUGGCAACAUUGGGGCAUGGAACUCCUGAGCCAGCUACUCUGGAGGCAGCCACACGGGACUCUGCUGGCCUGGACACAGGAGGGGUGGCCCUAGGGAAUCUGAGCAUGGAAGUGGUCACACAGGUGAUUCCUGUCACAACGGACACACUGACCAAAGAACCAGCCACUACAUUACCUCCCAUCACAGAAGCUCAAUCCACAGAGGGGGCUCCAUCCACAGAGCUGGCCACCACUGAGGCCCCGUCCACAGAGCCAGCAGCCACAGAGGCACCGACCACACAACCUGUGGCCACAGAGGCCCCGUCCAUGGAGUCUACUGUCAUGGAGACCCUGUCUACGGGGCCAGAAGCCACAGACGCCCUGUCCACGGAGCCCACUGCCACAGAGGCCCUGCCCAUGGAGUCUACUGUCAUGGAGAUUCUGUCCACGGAGCCAGAAGCCACGGAUGCCCUGUCCACGGAGCCCACUGCCACAGAGGCCCUGUCCACAGAUCCAGCCACCACAAAGGUCCCAUCCACAGGACCUGCCACCAUAGGGCGCCUAACCACGGUCCUUCUUGUGACCUCUGAUCCUCAAAACAGCACCACUGUGGCAGGAGGCAAUUUGCUUGAUGUCCUCACCAAACGAUGGGAAAAUCGGCAGCAUCUCUCCCCACAGAGCUCUGUGGCCCCCAUCCCCACAGGGGCCCUGGACCGCAUCCCCGUGAAGCAGUGCUUGCUGGCCAUCCUCAUCCUGGCCUUCAUAGCCACGACUUUUCUCGUGUGCACAGUGGUGCUGGCCGUCCGCCUCUCCCGCAAGAAUCACAUGUACCCAGUGCGCAAUUAUUCCCCCACCGAGAUGGUCUGCAUCUCAUCCCUGCUGCCUGAGGGGGGCGAAGUGCCCACGGCCACGGCCAAUGGGGGCCUGCCCAAUGCCAAGAGCCAGGGCCUAAAGGCAGAGCCUGCGGAGGGCCGAGAUGGGGACGACCUCACCUUGCAGAGCUUCCUCCCUUAACUCCUCCGUUCGUCCAUGAGAGCAGGACCCGGGCCUCCUGGCUCCCUCCAAGGCCCGCCGGGCCACAACCAAGCACCCAGGCUCUGUUCCAGGUCUGGGUUUCCUUGGGGCCCCCUGGGGAUGGGGACCUUUAGAACAGGGCCCCUGGUUGGCCCACAGGACCGAAAGCGGCUGAAUUCUUGCAGCCAAAGCAGGAUUGGUGAGCCAGACGCCUUGUCCUCCCCCUCCAGAGGAGGCCAGAGAGAUCCCUCCACCUCCCUGUCUCCCACCUGUCUGGGCUCCCUCUAAUGCUCCCACUGCUGAGGUCUCAUCCCCAUGCACCCAGGGAAGACCCAGAGGCUUCUGGUUGCUGUCACUCUACAGGAAGGGGGCAUUUGGGGGAGGAGUGCUGGGUUCCUGAGGCCAUUCCUGGUUACCCCCCCGCCUUGGGGGCAGCUUGGGUUUUCUUGGGCGUUUCCCCAGGGAGCCCAGGGUGAGAUCCUGGCCUGUGAGGUCUGGGGUAUACUUGGAGAGCCCAGGGCUAUACCCUUCUUUGGGGCUGUGUGGACCAACGAGCUUCUUCCUGGGGACAGAGUAACCCCUAUCCUGCCCUCUCUCGUCUGCGCCUGUGCCUACAUUUUAGGGAGGGCUCUGUCUUGUUCACUGAAUAUCCCACCCCCCAGCCCAGGGCCUGGUACAGCACAGGCCUUUAAUAAAUAUUUGAUAAACAAAUGAUGGCUGAAUGUUUCAGGGUAUUAGGGUGCCUCCUUCUGGUGGGGAGUUGGUCCUUUGCUGUUCACCCCCAGCCCCUUCCCGGAAGCUCCCUGUAUAGGCCUAAAGUUGACUUCAGUGUUGUCUCUUGGACACUGGGAACAUCUUGGUACAUCUUUGGGCAGCUGGGGAUGGUUUUAGGCUUUUGGGGUGAGAGGGAGGCUGGUCCCCGAAUCCACUUUAUUCAACAUCCCCCAUGACCCAGUUCUAACCUACAGAAUUUGGCGCCCUCCCCCACCAAAUCUCAGACAAAUAUGCCCUCUCAACGUCAGGGCCAUCCUCCCUGGAAACCCACCCUGACCUCUGCCUUCUACAGGGGGCCUGUCUCCCAUUAAACACCCACUCCUCACAGGGCUGAGCACAGCUGCAGCCUACGAGGCUUUUGUACCAAGUUUGGGGCCAGCAAACCUUUUCUUAAAUGGCCAGACCAAAAAUAUUUUAUGUUUUGCAGACCACGUGGUCUCAGCUGCAACUUCUCAACCCCGUUCUCGAUCCUCGUAGAUCUGAUGUGGUGACGGACACUGUGUCACAAAUGAAUGGGGUUGGCUGGGUUCUAAUAAAACUUUAUUUACAGACAGACGGCAGGCUCUCUGUUUGCUGACCCCUGAUUUAAGCAUUGGGUGAGCAGAUGGCCCGGUUUGCGUGGGACUCUGUGAUUUUAGCACUAGGAGCCCCAUUUGGGGGCAACUCCGCAGGCCCAGCAAGUCGGGAUGGUUGGCUGCCCUAUUCAUGCAACGCUCACCAUGUCCCUGCAUUACCGCAUUCGGACCCACGCUGACCCUGUGCCAAAGCUUCGACGGUGGCUGAGCCCGGAUUCAGACCUGGGAUCUUCUGCCUCCUGAAGCUUUUCUGUCCCUUGGGUACCGGGAGAAGGAGCUGUUGCUACAAGCGCUCUGUUCUACCUUUUGGGACAGGAAUACGCCUCAUCUUGGUGGGCUUUUUCUCUUCUAGAAAAAUACCUCCCGCGGCCUCUAUGGGAGCCACGGAUCCCUUCACUUCAGGGUGUGGCCUGCAGACAAAGUUCAAAGACAGGGUUGAGUCCCGGUAGGUAUUGGCUGCAGCUGGAGAAGUGGGGGGAGACAGGGGACAGGCAGGAGGGAACGUGGCAGGCCAUGGGGGCAGAGUCAGUGAGAAGUGGAAGAAUGUCGGCCCCCGGCCCCCUGACUCUCUGGAACCAGCGUGACGCACAAGGAAGGCGUUCGGGGCGCUUUGGUGGGAGAGGGGUGUCCACCCUGGGCUGGGGCAGCUGACCCUGGAAAAGGCGGGAUCGUGCAUUAGGAGAAACGUGCGUUUCCUCGCCCUUUGGAAGUGAUGAAAAAAAUCACACUGGGGACUUGACAUCCUGGAGCUGGGGACCCAGAGGCUGAAGGACUUGGGGGACAUCUGAGCAGUCUCCGUGGGGCCUUGUCACCCCAUCCUUCUGGGCAGGGAACAGGUCCCCGGGUUCUCCCCCUCCGCUGGAGGACACUGCAGCCCCAGGGGGCUCCCCUUUGGCGGCUUUUUCCAAGGCCUGGACCUAAGUGGGCGUCAGGGAUGACAGGUGCUUGAUGCGGCCACCAGAGGGCGCCCGCCACCAGCUCUUGGAGCCGUUGAGAGGCCGGCCCUUCCCAGUUUUUGAGGCGCAGGGAUUGCUGAGCCAGGGACCGGCUGCAGACCCAGAACAACGGGCUCCUUGGGUACAUUUGUACCCAGGCGGUGAUCUGUGGUGCUUGCCAAUGUCCUUGUGGUAAAUACUCCCAGGGCUGAUGCUGAGCCACCAACUAUGGAUAAAAUAAAUGAUACAACAAAUAAAAAUCUUCUCAAGAACAUAGAUAAAAGCAGAAUGUAGUAAAAUAAUUAGGAAGUGAUGAGUGUUGAGUAUUGGAGGUUUUUUAUAACUUAACUUUGACACAAGUGGCUUACAGAUUCUGAAAAUCUAACAGUGGGCCCUGGGAGACGGCUAUAGGCUGACUCCUCUUGCCCCCACCUCCCCUCGACCUUGAACAUCACCGCCUGCAUCACCCAUUCACCCAUUCGGCACAUAUAUUCUGAGCACGAACAUCUGCAACAUCUCCCACGAGUCCCCUCAAACAGCCUGGGAAGGAGGACUCGUAUUCUCCUCAUUUUACAGGAGCAACUGAGGCCAAAUCACCUGUCUCAGGUCACACAUAGGAUCUGGGACUGGAACCCAGGCCUGAAUCAGAAAACCCCGUUCCUACCACAGUGUUGUGCGGUCCUUGAGGUCCCAGCAGGGUUCCAGGGGGAAUGCCGUGCCCCAAACUCUCCCUGCUGCUGACCUGUCCUGGCGUCUGGAAGUCCCCAGCAGUCACGCUUGCAGCUCCUGGUGGCUGAGGGAAGGCGCUGGUACUGGGGAAGGUGACAGGGUCGAAGCCAGCUCCCUCCUUGCAGAGAGCAGGAUGCAGUAAAGCUGCGGUCCAGGACACAGAGAGAUGGCGGGGGGCGGGGGGCCCUGGGCAUUUAGCGCACGUCUAGCCCCGUGCCGAACGCUUCAGCUGCAGGAUCUACUCGGGCCUCACAACCACCUGGGACGUGAGUAUAAUUAUUAUCCCAUUUUACUGCUGGGGAAACUGAGGUUCAGGAGGCUAAUUCACUUGCACCAGCAGGGUGCAUUGCUAAGAAAGCAGAUUCUGCUGACUUCAGCUCUGGCGGCAGCGAAGGAAGGACGGUAGACAGGAAAUCAGGAAAUGGAGGGGACGCAUACUAAGUUUACUCUAGGUCUCUUGUGUCUUCCGGGCUGGGGUUGCCAGCCCUGCAAUGGUUCAUCCGGCAGCUGAUCUGGGCAGAGCCUCCUCAAGCUUGCCUUCUCUAUCCCGCCCCAUCUGCCACUCAGGCCAUAUAACUCGAAUGUCAUGGUGUGUCCAGCCUGUGCCAGGCACCAUGCUAGGUCCCGGGGAUGCCAUGUGGGGCUCCUGGCCUGGAGGGAGAGCGAUUCAUCAAAUGAUCACCUAGAGAAAUAGGAGAUCGUGGCUGGGCCCGGAGCCCCAAAGGAGGGGUGCUGGGGCUCAGAGCAUGUGCAAUGU